GAGGAAGCACAAGGCGCUGAUGUCAGAGUCCCAUUCGAAUACACAGCUGGGAGUGGGGGUCAAAGUCACUGACCCAGCUGGGGAGGGGUCCCAAUGCCGGUGCACUGAGCGGCAGAGGCAGAUUGGCAGGGUGGACCAGAGAGAGAGAGAGAGAGUCCAGCCCCUGUCAAUGACGCACCGAGUUCUCAGACUGACACAGAGAGUGGGGCUCACUCACUCUCUCACUCACUCCAUCUCCUCGCUCGGGCUCCGGGAGGCUGACAGCAGGGAGCAGGGACGUGUAUGUUGGGGAGAGGGAGAGGGAGAAUCGACCCUGGCAGCUGGUGGUCUCCCGGGUUGAGAGAAACUCUUUAUUUUUAAAUAAAAAUAAACCCUCCAAGUCCUGAGCCUCCCUUGAAGCGAUGGAGCUGAUUUGCAGGAAGUGCUGGAGCUUCUUCAGGGCAGGUCGUGGCCCACGCUGAGUUUUGAGAGAGAGAGAGAGAGAAAAACACACAGAGGAAAAGAUCCCAGCUGGUCUGGAGAGGAAGAAGGGGAAGAGCAGCAGCGAUGAGCCUUCCCGGGAGCUGCGGGCUCCUUCCUGGGGGAGACCGAGCUCCCAAACUGGGCAGCAGCUACGGAUCGCCCCGUUCUGUCAACCGGCCCAUUGACAUCGUCCACAAGAGAAGACGUUUCGACGUUGAGAAUGGCCUGUCUCCUGGACGCAGCCCGCUCGAUCCUCAGACCAGCCCCAGCUCAGGGCUGGUGCUACAAGCAAACUUCAGCCACAGCCAGCGCCGGGAAUCCUUCCUGUACCGUUCUGACAGUGACUACGACCUCUCCCCAAAGAAUGUCUCCCGGAAUUCCUCCAUCGCCAGCGACAUGAGUAGCUAUCUCAAGGCUCACCCAAGACCUGCCCUAGCUUCACGGUUCUCCGAGCCAGUCCUUGCCCUGACGAUGGGAAACCACACGGAAGACAUGAUUGUGACCCCAUUUGCUCAGGUAUUGGCUAGUUUACGUACUGUGAGGAAUAACUUUGCGACGUUGACGAAUCUGCAGGACCCACCGAAUAACAAACGGAAAACAGGAUGCACCUCCGGAAUCUGCAGGUCCCUCAUAUCGGAGGAGAGCAAACUGGCCGCCGAGACCCUAGAGGAACUGGACUGGUGUUUGGAUCAACUGGAGACACUGCACACCAGGCAUUCUGUCAGUGAGAUGGCGUCUAACAAGUUUAAGAGGAUGCUGAACCGAGAGUUAACCCAGUUAUCCGAAAUGAGCCGUUCAGGAAACCAGGUCUCAGAGUUCAUAUCCACAAUGUUUUUAGACAAACAGCAUGAUUUGGAUAUAUCACAGUCAAGUACAAGAGACAAGUUGGAGCCCACGAAACACAUCAGUGCUCUGAAGUACAGUACAAGUGUCAUCUCCGUGGAUGUUCCUCGCUUUGGGGUCAGUUCGAACCAGGAAUCUGAGCUAGAGCAGGAAUUGUCAAAUAUCAACAGCUGGGGUUUGGACAUCUUCAAGGUGGGAGAAUAUUCCAACCACCGACCACUAACUGUUGCUAUGUACGCCAUCUUUAAGGAGCGAAAUCUCCUAAAGAUAUUUCGGAUUCCACCCUCAACUUUCAUCACUUACAUGAUGACACUAGAAGAUCACUACCAUCCUGAUGUGAGCUACCACAACAAUUACCAUGCUGCUGAUGUGACUCAGUCCACUCACGUCCUGCUCCGGUCACCAGCAUUAGAGGCAGUCUUCACAGAUCUUGAGAUACUUGCUGCAAUUUUUGCCGCCGCGAUCCAUGAUGUUGACCAUCCAGGAGUCUCGAAUCAGUUCCUCAUUAAUACCAACUCUGAAUUAGCCCUGAUGUAUAAUGACACUUCUGUGUUGGAGAACCACCAUUUGGCCGUGGGUUUUAAAUUGCUGCAGAAGGAAAACUGCAACAUCUUUAAGAACCUGAGCAAGAAGCAACUUCAGAAUCUUCGCAAAAUGACCAUCGACAUGGUCCUAGCAACAGACAUGACCAAACAUAUGAACCUGUUGGCAGACUUGAAGACAAUGGUGGAAACAAAGAAAGUUACGAGUUUAGGGGUGUUGCUGCUGGAUAAUUACUCCGACCGGAUCCAGGUUCUGCAGAACAUGGUGCACUGUGCUGACCUGAGCAAUCCCACCAAGCCACUGCACCUGUACCGCAUCUGGGUGGAUAAAAUAAUGCUGGAGUUCUUCCAGCAGGGAGAUCAGGAGCGUGCGAGGGGAAUGGAACUUAGCCCCAUGUGUGACAAACACACUGCUUCCAUCGAGAAGUCCCAGGUUGGAUUUAUCGAUUUCAUUGUGCACCCUCUGUGGGAGACGUGGGCUGACCUGGUUUAUCCAGAUGCCAAAGAGAUACUGGACAACCUGGAAGACAACCGUGAUUGGUUUGACAGCAUGAUCCCUCACAGCCCACCUUCAUCCAGCUCCGUGGAGCUGGGAAACAGCAGCAAAAUGGCGGACAGUCUCCUGCUGAACAUCACAAGGCACAAAGAGGCAGUGAGCACUAACGCCAGCUCCUUUGAGGAAAUGCACAGCUGCAGCAGCCCGGAGACUCCAGACACAGACUUCUCGGAAUCCUCAGAGGCCAUCGAAGUUGGCCGAGUCCCUUACUCCAGACAACCGGGCGUGGGCAGCUACAUGACCCAAGCCCCCCUCUACGAGAGCGAGGUGGGCAACUCGUCUGCUGAAGAGGGCAGUUCCAGGGAUUCGGGGAGCAGUACUCCGGAGGGCAGGUAUCAGCCUCCCCCUAACUAUCGCCCUUUCCUGUUCAAGGUCCAGCCUCCAAAGGGAGGAGCUAGCCAAAUCCCAGACAACACAGCGGAAGGGUCACCAGACAGCAGUAAACAGAGCCUGGUGGAAGGGUCACCAGACAGCAGUAAACAGAGCCUGGUGGAAGUAGAAGGAAGCAUCUCAGAUCUUCCAUUGGGCACCUAACAAGACGGAGACGUUGUACAUUAUUUAGUAAAUUCAUUCUUUUUCUGGUAUCAAAGCACACACAAACCAGCUGUUGCUUUACGUGUCAAGCAGCUGAGAUCUUCGCUGUGAGCUGGUGAGGAAGGCAACAGGAGAGAGACAUUUUCGCCAGUGCCAGCCAUAACAAUGACCAACCCAAAGGAAACAAAAAAAAAUCCAAAACAAACAGUGCCGUGAUUCUCCCCCCGCCUUCUCUGGGCUGCAGGGGGAAUAUGUUUUUGCAAAUAGGAGGUCGCUGGCAAGAAAUGUAUCCAAACGAAAUCUGAGGGAGGAGUAAAGAAAUCAGAUGGAGUCAGGAAGGGGAAACCAUCUUGAAGAGCAAGAUUUUAUUUUUCCUUUUUUCUUUUUUUUUAAAAAUAAAAUACCUUCAGCAAAAAUUUUUUAAAAACUGUGAAGGAGAAAAGGUUUCAAAUGUAGCCAGGGAAGAGGGUGCAUGUGGCAAAGGCAGAGGACAAUGGUCACUGGCCGUGCUGAGACCUGUCCCUCGAACUGGGAAGGUUGAAUCAGUUGGAUCGUGGCAGAGUCCAGCACUGCACUGGAAUAGACUGGAGGACACAAGAAAUCGAUGCCUUUUUAAUUGAAUUGGAAACUGUCAGCAGCGUGACAGGACUUUUAUUUGAACAAACAAAACAUUUAAAAGGAGGGUUCGUUGAUCCUUUUUUAUUUAAAAAGUGAUCUGUAUUUUUCUUAAAUGAAUAUUUUUAGCAAUUUUUUUACACAAUUUGACUUGUGAUUAUGUGAGUCUUGGAUUGGAUCAUGUUGACCACUGCCCUUAAUAUGUGCGUGCGGGUGAGUGUGUGUCUCUAUCAGUCUGUAAAUAUGUGUGUGUGUGUCUAUCUAGCGGUGUGUGCGUGUAUCUAUCUCUGUUCAUGUGUGUAACUAUCUGUGUAUGUGUGUCGCUAUCUGUGUGUGUUUGUCCUGUUUCCUCACCCCCCAUCUCUGUUUCUGUGUCACUAUUUAUGUGUGUGUUUACACACAUCCCAGUAUCUUUUUGUGUGUUUCUGUGUUUCUAUACAAAGAUACCAACAAUGUGAAAUACAGCCACAUAGACUGAUUUGCUGUGUUUCAUACUGUUGGUAUCUGUAUUGAUUUCCCUAUGCCUACUGUGUUUACCUAUCCAAGUGUCUGUGUGUGUGUGUGUGUGUGUGUGUGUGGUUGUGAAUAACGGAGUCUGUGCGUGAGGCUGUGUGAGAGUGACUGAGGGUGUUGGGAGUGGGAGGGUGUGAUGGAAACAUUGCACACUGGUUAUUGUGCAGUUACGGUUUUCUCUUCAGCCUGACUCCUUCGGCCCUGUGAAAUCAUUGGAAACUUUGUAUUAAUUCUCUGUGCCACCAAACAUGGAUUCCUCUAGUUUCUGAGUUAAAAAGUAAUGCUGAGGUUUGAUUGCUCAACUGAAGGGGUGAAUAUUUACCAAACAACAAACAAAUCCUCAUUGUUAUAGACCCAAGGGGCAGUUUCAUGCCCUUCCCAGUGACAUGUUGUGGACAGUGGAAAUGACUGGGAGCACCCAAUGCUUACUUACUGCCACAUCCCACUGUAGUCAAUGUAAAUCCUGAGCAAGUACUCAUCAGGAGGGGGUUACAAUGUGCACAACAGAGAGUAGAACCUGACGGACUGGGACAAGCCUGUCCCAAAGCACUUGCUGCUGGAUUGAAGGCCUGGCGUUGGGUAAAGGGGGCCUUCUGAAACCCACCUUCAUCUUCUCCGUGACCUCCAUCUCCAUUCCACACCCUCACACCCCAACCCACGACUCCCCCCAUACCAUCCCUGAACCUCAUGACUCCCCAAUCCUUCCCCUAAACCCCCCCGAAUUCCCCACCCCAUGACUCCCAAACCCAUACCCCAACCCCUACUCCAUGCCUCUCCCACCCAGUAUCCCACCCCAGGAUUCCGGUCCCCAACCACCUUGAACCCUGACCUCUCCAGGAAGUGGGAAAGACCCCUGUUACCUACAUUGAAAGACCCCUCUCCCACCCCCCACCACCCCCACCUCAAUGUGAAAGUUUUAGAGAGCAAUCCCCCCUCUGUUGAGAAAGGGGAGGGGUUGGGGAUGAUGGGAACGCCAUUACAGUACUGUUUGACAGCCCAUUGCACCACUUAUGAAGGUGAUUUGAGCUGAGGACAGAAUCCCCAACUGUAGCUCAGCCUUGAGCGUGUUUCCUCAUCGGGCUACAGAGAAGGGCUGGUAUUUUCCUCCCUGUACUUUAAGAAUAUCAUACUCCCUCAGAGUCCAGUGUUUGAAUGAGGGUGAGGGAUGUUCAAAGGGUGAUGCUUAAAUAUUCAAAAUGAAGAUAUUGCGACAGCAGAUUACAAAUGAAAGGACAGGCACGCUCAUUGGAUAAACUGAGGUGAGAAUGAAUUUAUCUGCAAUUGUGUCUGCCCCUUGUUUUGGAUGUUCAGCCUUACACAGCAUCCACAGCACAGAACCCAGUCACUCAGCCUCACCACUCCAGAGUUGUGUUGGUGAUCCACAUCUACCUCUUGCUGUACUUUAUUGUUCUAUUCUGGGGAAAUACGGAACUGAAAUCUCAUCAGUACAUUGGUUACAAAGGCACACGUGCACGUUCUUAACUCAUCUUCGGUCUGCCCACACAUAAAAGCAGAAGUGAAUCUCAAGGUAAUAUCCCUUACCCAAAUACAAAUAACUCAAUUAAAAUAUAAUUAAUAUCCACCUCCCAACAUCAGCACCACCUAACUCUCCUUCAUGUGUUGAUCUAGAAAUCUAUUCCUACAAUUCUCCUCAACAAUUCCCUGUGGGAGCUUUGUUCCACGUUCUCCCCAACCCCCUAGAUCUUUAGUGACUAUCAUUAAGAUAUGCCCUCAAACCAAAGCAAAAUACUGUACAUGCUGGAGGCCUGAAAAAGAAUAGUGUUGGAGAAACUCAGCAGUAUCUGUGGAGAGAGAAACAGAAUGAAGAGUCCAUUAACUUUUCUUCAAAACAAUUCUAAAGAAAAUUCCUAUCAGAUUUGAGACAUUUAACUCUGUUCCUCUCUUCACAGAUGCUGUCAGACCUACUGAGUCUCUCCAGCACUUUCUGGUCAUGUUUUAUUUAUGGCCCUUAAUCCUUUAAGUGUGAACAUCCAAAUGAUUGCAUUAUCAAACCCUUGAAUAAUUUUAAUAACCUCUUAUCAAGUCACUUCCUAGUCAUCAUUUUAGGGAAAAGAGUCUGUUCAAACCUUCAUUUCAGUCUCUUUAUCAAAUUAGUCUAGUAGCUUUUCCAUCUUUGUCACUGGCUCUGUGUCAUUUUUGUAAUGGGGAGACCAGAACUUGAGGCAAGGUCUAAUCAAAAUCUGCAGAAAGAUAAGAUCUCGUGGUGCAGUGGUACUAUCCCUCCCUCUGGGUCAGAAGGUCCUUUUUCAAAUCCUGCAUCACUGAAAGUCUGCCAAAAUAUGUCUGAAGAGGUUGAUUCAAAUAACUGUAGAAAGGCCAGAACUGUGCACAUUGAAGAUUGAAAGAAGUUUAAUGUCUGCCUUAAAUUUACUUCUAUCCUUAAGAAAACAAUGUUCCAAGUUGACCAAAGAGUGAAUCCAGGGCUAAUUGUAAUGAUCGAAUGUUGACUCAGACUCAAGGUACAUUGCAGAUGGAAACAAAGGUUAGCACUAAGAGUGCAGGGUCUUGGAAACAUUUAUCUUCAACCAAAGGAAUUGGGGCAUUCUACACCAUGUACUGUGUAUAGAUAAAUGAAUGAUCCAGUUCCCCAAUCCCUCAGUCCCAAAUUCAAUCUUUGAUGCCUAAUGCAGCUGCUGUUUAAGAUGCUUCCAUUUUCUUGAAACCAAAGGUCAGUUUCUGAACUGUGAGCAAUGUGUGUGUGCUUUCCCCCAUAAAGCCCUACUACACUUCAAUCUUCAUCUGGCAUUCCCAUUUCAUCUACCCAUUGUUCAGUUUUGUGCAGUCAUUCCACCCUUGUCCAUGAUUCUGGUUGUGAACAUUUCCCCCAUGUUCCAUGACACUAUGCCCUCAACCAGUCUGCACAGAGUCUGCACCCCUGGGUGUAACACAGAGAACCUGCAUUCUGUGAUAUUCUGUCAAUCUGCAGAAUUUUCACCAACUUUGGGAGAGCGAUUUGGUGGGCAGGAAGGAAAGGUAGAAGCAGGGUUUAGGUCAGGGAUAGGAUCUGGAGAUGUGAGACCGUGAGGGAGGUCAGUGAUCGGUGGGAGUCCUUCCGUUCUGCAGAAUACACACAAUUUCCACAUACUCCAGUUGGCUAAUUACAUGCUGACGUUAUCCUCUUCUUAACUUUCAACCUGUGACGUGCCUUCAGCAGGUUCCAAACCAUCUUCCUGAUUGGAAAAUCCUGUUCAGGAAAGGGGAAUUGUUGUGUUAUUCCCCCUCCCAUCCUGGUUUGUGUGUCUCCAGUUCUUUAAGAAGGCCUGCCCUGGACAAGCCCAACACUGAUUGCACCUGAUAUGGAUGAGAGCAGGGCUAGAAUUGACCAGCAUUCUGGAGGGGGUCACAGUGAGGGGCCGUGAUGUUGGAGGGGCAGCAUUGAAAUUACAAAGUGUGGGCUUGAAAGCACUAACCUAUCCCUAGUUUUAAAGGGGCAUUACAAUGUACUGUUUGGGGGGGGCUGGCCCACAAACUGGAAGCCUGCUCCACAAUCUAUUUAAUGCUGAUCGUAAGGGAGGGAGCAUUGGGCUUGAUUGUAACAUUCAACAGUAUCAAAAGACUCCUUUGAGUUGGGCAGGUGAGAUGGUAUUGAGGAGUUGUUUUCAGAAUGCAGUCAACUCGAGCAGACUAUGUCAGAACAACUAGACUCCCCACUGUGGCGUCAGUUUCUAUUGGGGGGUAGAAAGUGAGUGGCUGCAGAUUUUAGAGAUCAGUCAAAACGUGUUGCUGGAAAAGCACAGCAGGUCAGGCAGCAUCCGAGGAGCAGGAGAGUCAACAUUUUAAGCAUAAGCCCUUCAUCAGGAAUGUCCUUAUGUCCAAAAUGUCAACUCUCUUGCUCUUUAGAUGCCGCCUGACCAGCUGUGCUUUUCCAGCACCACACUUUUUGACUUCAGUUUUUAACAGACUGAGAUGUUGGUAUCAGGGUUUAAAACAUAGAGGAAGGUCAGAGGUCAAUAAUAUCAGCAAAAGUGUGAAGAUUGUUUUACAAAAAAGGUUCAUUUUUAGAGCAUCAAUGGCAGAGCUGGCAUUGAAUGCCUAUCGCUUUACGCCUCACGAUGCCAGACCCUAUUCCUGAGUUGCUGCAAUUACCAUCAGCAAAGGAACCCACCAUUCUGAUCCAGCAACGGUCAAGGAUUUUUGAAGGUUGUUCAGCAAGGAAAACUGAUUUAAUCCCGAGCUCACGGUGGGCGAGUGUUCUGACGCUGUGUCACUGAUCCUUUCUGGGGCUUAAUUGGACCAUCUGAAAAGAUAAUUAAACAUCUAUCCCAUUUUGGCAUUUUCAUAAAGGUGACAUCUGUCUGUCAUUGCAACCUUCUAAUUGUCCCUUGGGUAGCAGAUGUUGUGGUGGAAAUUGGAAAAAUUCCCUGUCUUUAAUGUCAGCUUGGGAAAAGAAAAUAACUUGGACCUGUGUCAAGACAUGAGUAAGUAAAAAAGCAGGAGAAUCGACAUUUCGGGCAUAUGGCCUUCAGGAAGGGCUUUUUCCUGACAAAGGGCUUAUGCCCGAAACGUCAAUUCUCCUGCUCCUCGGACCCUGCCUGACCGACUGUGCUUUUCCAGCACCACACUCUUCCGACUCUGAUCUCCAGCAACCGCAGUCCUCACCUUCUCCUUAAGUAAAAGAGUAGCUGAAUGAUUAGGAUAUUCCUCUUGAGUUCAAUUGUCUUGCCUUUGGAUCAAGAGACAGUUACGCAGUGUUUUAAUGUAUAUGAGCAAUGGGCGGUCUGAACCCUCACAUGUGGUUGGCUCUCAGUUGGGCUGACUCUUAGGCGUAGUUACCGUGAGAAGCAAUGCCUGCUUUCCGGGGUCCCCUGGGCUGCUCUCCCGUUCUGUACACAGUGGUGCCCCCACAUUGGGCAGCUCCAGAAUCCAGCCACCCUGGCUUUGUUUCCAUGUGAACACAUUUAACUGUAAACCCUGUAGAGGUUCCAAGAAAGUUCCUUCGUCCUCAUCAGCACCAGAGUGACAUUAACUCUUAAAAACUGUAAGAACUGCGGAUGCUGUAAAUCAGAAACAAAAGCAGAAAUUGCUGGAAAAGCUCAGCAGGUCUGGCAGCAUCUGUGGAGAGAUAUCAGUUGGAAGGGUCAUUCAACACAAAAUGUUAACUCUGAUUUCUCUGCAUGAAUGCUGCCAGACCUGCUGAGCCUUUCCAGCAAUUUCUGUUUUUGUUUCUGAAAUUAACCCUUUCUGCUCAGGGAAUAAGAUGAGGCUUAAUACUCACUGGACUAUUCACCUUGAAGUUCACAUCUAAAAUAAUCCGGCUCUUGAUGGGACCACGUACCUUUGGAAGACUCUGCCGUUCAGUAGUCACCAUUGGUUAGCACCAUAUGUUAACUCUGUGUUACAUCAUAUUCAGAGUGACAAUUUGCCUGCUUAUCUCUGGUAUAUUUUACACUUGGCUUGUAGUUCUUGCCACUGUCACACGUAAUGUGCUAUCACACUUUCUGAGUCAGCCUGAGUGAACAGGAGAGAAUUUGGUUCAUCCAGAAAAAUCAGUGACCCUGGAGGAAAUUCAAAAGAAGUUCCCUGUUAUAACAUUUGACUUUUUAAGACACAUGGAUCAUCUGUCUUGUCAUGAGGAACUUGUGUCAUAUUCCAGUUGUGAGAGUCGCAUACAGUAGCUUUAAGUUAUAUGAUCUUACAUUAAUUCCACACACUUUCCCCACCCUCACUUCACAAGUUUGAAAUUUGAUUCUGUGCCACUGGGGUGAAGAUUGUACCUAAUCCCUAAAUGAAAUAGGUGCUGUAAUGUGCCAACCCAAGACCUCAUCACUAUCUGAAAUAAAGCACCAAACCUCAAUGCUGUGCCAAUCAGGAUGGGGCAAAGUAGCCACUGGACAACAGUGAGACACAAUUGCCCCAUAAAUUGCCAGUGUCUCCUUCCUGUCCUUGUUCUCUAACCAUGUGCCAUUUUGUCAUUGACUGACCUUUCAACUGAGUGCACCAGAUAUACACGUACAUACAUAAGGAAACUUCUGUUCCCAUUCGUUAAAGAACAGUUAUUACUAACAGAAGACAAUGGCUUUUCACAUAAUUCCUUUCGUUUGUUGAAGAACUUUAUGGCCAUGUGACUGCGGUUAAUGGUCUCAGACACUCUAUUAUGUGAAAACAUUAAUGACUGCGAAACAGAAUUGUUUUCAUCACUCUCAAUUUUGACCAUUUCUUUCUCCUCAGCUGUUUUCAAUGUGUAUAAUUGUUGUAAGUAAGUUGACUAUUUAUUCCGAUCUGUACAGUGACAUCUUUUCAAGGGAAGAGGUGCAGGGUCCCUGUUAAGCUCUGAUUUAGAGUAUGACUCGUAUCUAUACCUGUAUGUUGUUGUAGAUGUAACAUAUGCACAAACAGCUUCAU